AUGGGAACGAAAUGGGACUGUGGGUUCGAUUAUCCCCACGGUUUAGCAUGCUGGCUAGGCAAUGUAGCUUCCAUGUGUUUCUUUGUUGUUUAUGUUCCACAGUUUAUUCUGAAUUUUAAGAGAAAAUCAUGUAAUGGAUUUUCUCUUGAUUCCACGAUAAUUAAACUCGUUGGGUCCUCGUUCUUGUGUUUCAACUCUCUGUUCAAUGGGAGUGGGUUACCAGUGUUUUUAUAUGGAUCAUUAAAUACCGCUCAGCAUUUACUUUUCCUUUUUCAGUUUUCAUAUUAUUCCUCGCACAAAAAGAGUAUUUUGAUUAGUCCUAUUGUACUUAUUCCGCUUGUCUUGGCAAAAUUAUUUCCAAAAUCGAUAAAAUACACCGAUUUGAUCAAACCUAUUUGCCAAAUUUUAUCGCAUAUACCUCAACUUCAGCAAUGCAUUAAGCUCCAUACGACUCUAGGCUGUUCUCUGGUCGGCCAACAUUUGAAUUUAAUCGGAGGAAUCUUAGGAUGUUUCAUGUGUUACCUUAUUAAUGAGCAGUCGGCUAAAACGUGGAUCAUUUACUUUAAUUCAUGUUUCCAGGCUCUUUCAAUGUACUUAGUUGCAUUUUGGUAUCAUGAAAUGCGCCUUUGCGAUAAUUCAAAGAGAGUUAGAUCUGACAAAGAGAAUAGCGACUCAGAACCUCUACUUUCAUAA